AUGGUUUUACAGAAACAUACCAAAUUGUUUCCUUUUCUUUGCCUUCAAUUGUUUCUACUCGUCUCGCUAAGCAUUGGUUCUUCGGUUCAUGGAGUUGAUCAAAAGAACUUUUACAUUGUUUUCUUGGGAGCGAAACCUAUAAGCCGAGACGUUGCGAUUAAGACUCAUUUAAAUGUUCUAUCUUCUGUCAAGGGAAGCUAUCGUGAAGCCGAAGAGUCCAUUGUAUAUAGUUACACUGAGAGCUUCAACGCAUUUGCUGCAAAACUGUCUCAACAUGAAGCCGAAAAGUUAUCUGACAUGAAUGAAGUUGUUUUGGUGUUUAAAAAUCGGUAUCGUAAGCUACACACAACAAGAUCGUGGAACUUCAUUGGUUUGCCUCUCACUGCUAAGAGAAGAUUGAAAUUAGAACGCGACAUCGUUGUUGGUCUUUUGGACACAGGGAUCACGCCGGAGUCAAAAAGCUUCAAAGAUGAUGGAUUAGGUCCUCCACCAGCAAGAUGGAAAGGAACUUGUGGCCACUAUGCUAAUUUCUCAGGCUGCAACAACAAGAUCAUAGGAGCCAAAUACUUCAAGGCUGAUAAAAACCCUGAUCCAUCCGACAUAUUAUCACCGAUAGACGUUGACGGUCACGGAACUCACACUGCAUCAACAGCAGCAGGUGAUUUAGUGCCAAAUGCAAGUCUCUUUGGAUUGGCCAAUGGAACUUCGCACGGUGCCGUGCCAUCAGCUAGGUUGGCAAUUUACAAAGUCUGUUGGUCAUCAAGUGGAUGUGCAGACAUGGACAUACUUGCUGCAUUUGAUGCUGCUAUACAUGAUGGUGUCGAUGUCAUAUCAAUUUCCAUAGGCGGAGGAAGUUUUGAUUAUGUUCAUGACCCUAUAUCAAUCGGCGCGUUUCAUGCCAUGAGGAAAGGUAUAAUCACCGUUGCAUCAGCUGGAAAUGAUGGUCCAAGUAUGGCAACUGUGACAAACACUGCACCAUGGAUUGUCACAGUAGCUGCUAGCGGCAUCGAUAGAACUUUCAAGAGCACUGUACAAUUGGGGAGCGGAAAAAAUGUUUCUGGAAUAGGAAUUAGUUGUUUCAAUCCAAAACAAAACCAGUACACUAUUAUUAACGGGAUUGAUGCUGCGAAAGACUCGAAAAGCAAGGAAGAUGCCAAAUCAUGCUUCUCAGGCUCCUUACAGGAAGAUAAGGUGAAGGGAAAGCUUGUUUACUGCGUAGGAUCAUGGGGGACUGAAGCUAAUGUGAGAGAAAUCGGAGGCAUUGGCGCUGUAAUAGAAUACGACAGUUAUCCCGACGUUGCUCAAAUUUCCAUGGCUCCUGCUACUAUUGUCAACCAUAGCAUAGGUGAAACUGUUACCAAUUAUAUCAAAUCCACAAGAUCGCCAUCGGCAGUAAUAUACAAGAGUCGUGAAGAAAAAGUGCAAGCUCCAUUUACUGCUACAUUCUCAUCUCGAGGACCGAAUCCAGGAUCCAAACAUAUCCUCAAGCCUGACUUAGCAGCUCCUGGAAUCGACAUCUUAGCGUCUUAUACUCUUAGAAAAUCACUCACUGGUUUGACAGGAGAUAAACAAUUUUCAGAAUUUUCUAUAAUAUCCGGAACUUCCAUGGCAUGUCCGCAUGUAGCCGGAGUAGCAGCAUAUGUGAAGUCAUUUCAUCCCAAUUGGACUCCUGCUGCAAUCAGAUCCGCUAUUAUCACGACCGCGAAACCUAUGAGUAAAAGAAUUAACAACGAAGCAGAAUUUGCGUUUGGUUCUGGUCAACUAAACCCAACAAGAGCAGUUUCUCCUGGUCUAAUCUACGACAUGGAUGACUUCGGUUAUAUCCAAUUUCUGUGCCACGAAGGUUACAAAGAUUCAAGUUUAUCGGCCCUAGUUGGUUCUCGUAUAAAUUGUUCGUCUAUACUUCCUGGACUUGGCCAUGAUGCUAUAAACUAUCCAACCAUGCAACUUAGCUUGGAAAGCAAGAAACACGCAACCGUUUUUAGAAGAACGGUUACGAAUGUAGGUCCUGUUCCGAUUAUCUACAACUCUACUAUUAGAUCGCCAAAAGGAGUUGAAAUCACAGUGAAGCCUAGUUUUCUUAGUUUUGAUACAAAGAUGCACAAGAGGAGCUUUGAAGUGGUUGUGAAAGUAAAAUCUAUUGCAAGUAUGGAGAUUCUAUCAGCUUCACUUAUAUGGAGAAGUCCACGUUACAUUGUUAGAAGUCCUAUAGUUAUUUACAAGCCAUAA